AUGAGCAACGACCCCAACUUCCCCAAAGGCCUCGCGAUAGCGCCGUCGCGAGCCGCACACGGCCCCGGUGCGCUCGUCGACGAUGGACUCUGUGUCGAGGACGACGCCGCACAAGACGUCGAGCGCUUCGGCAUCGCCGGCCGCACCUGGGAGGCGGCGUAUCUCUUGCGGUCCUACCUCGCCCUCUCGACCUCGACCUCUCGCACGUCCUCGUCGACCCCGCCUCUCAUCUUUGACCCACCCUGCCCGCUCCUGUCCGACCCUCCCUCCCCGCCCGACCGACCCUCGACGCGCAAGCGCAAGCGCACCAUCCUCGAGCUCGGCGCCGGCACGGGCUUCCUCUCGCUCGCCGUCGCGCCGCACCUGCACCGCUCGACCGACCGCCUCGUCGUCACCGACCUGCACAACGUGUGCCCGCUCCUGAGCGAGAACCUCGCCGCCGCACGAGCGAGGUGGACCGCUCGAGGCGUCGACGCGGCCGAGGUGCUCGUGCGCCCGCUCCCUUGGGGCGACGCGCGCGCGCUCGAGGCGCUCCGAGUCGACGACGGCAUCUUGCUGCCCGACCUCGUCCUCGCGAGCGACCUCAUCUACUUUCCCUUCCUGUACGCGCCGCUCCUGCGCACGCUCCUCGGGCUCACCGAGCCGCGCAGGGCGUGCGGCGCCGGCGACGAGGACGUCGACGACGAGCGAGGGUUGCUCGUCACGAGCCCCAAGGUCGUCUUCUCGUACAAGGUCCGGAGCCUGGUCAAGGAGCAGCCGUUCUGGGAGGCGUUUGGUCGCUGGUUCGACUUUGAGCCCGUGCAGCUCGGCAGCCACCCCCCUCCCUCGGCCGGCGAGGACGACUCGCCGACUGGCACCUCCUCCUCUCCCGCACCUCCCACCACGACCUGGACCCGCUUCGGCGCCGCACACCCAUCGUCGACGAGUCCGGGCACGACCGACGAGCUGUACGUGUUCGUCUGUUCGCGUUGGCCGGGGACAUUCGGGUUCGACGGCUCGGGCGUGAGCGACGCCGAGCUGCUCGAGGGGCGAGGCGAGCGCGCGAGGGGCGUCGAGGCGGGCGCGACGAGGUUCGAGGAGAUGCUGCUCGCGGCGACAGAGUGGGAUUGAGGGUGGUGGAGGACAGGCGGCGCGGCGAGGAGGAGGAACGCGACUCGAGACGAGGCGGCGCACUUUGCAACUCGGACUUUCGCUUCCGCCGCUC